AACUUCACCUUCUCCCUGACAUUUUAUUUCCUUAUACUUUCUGCAAAUUUCAUUCACAGCUAUCAAAGUAAAACUGAGCAUGACCUCCGACUUCUCAAAUAAACAAGGCAAACUUCCCUCAAGGAGUGGGUAUCAAAAGACAAUGCAUCAAGGACCUGCCCAGCCCAGGACAUCGUCAUCUGUAACAAGAGGAGAAGAAGUUGGCGUCCACUCGCGUUCAAUGGAGCGAGGAGGUUCAAUAAAUAGUCAACACCUUACAAUAGGUAGCAGCACCAACGAAUCCGAGAAUGAAGUGCUUCUAGUACGCACCCGAAAAACUGCGCAAAAAACAAAGGAAAACGACCGACCCGCCGACCAAGGUGUGUAAUCGCAUAUUUUUUGAGGGUAUGGCUGAAUUUAUCUAAAUACUACAGAAGAAUCGUUUUCCUUAUCAGGCGCGCUUUUGGCCCAUUUACCAAGCUUCAUGGCCAGUCGAUCAUCGGCGAUGUCAAAUGAUAGCCGCACACACAAAGAAAAUAGAAGGCCAAGCACUGAAGAACAGUCCCCCCAGCAAAUGCAGUCAGACAAGCACAGGGGAGAACGUAUCCAGAGUGCUAAACAGAACGCAAUUUGUAUGUCACGGGAAAGUUUGGAUGGAAUAGUCAAUGGCAUCGACAAACAUCACGCGGCAAGACAGGACAAGCUUGAACGCCAAGUAAGAGAUUUGCAACAUCACAACGACAAUUCGAAAGAUUUAUUAGGCAAGUUACAAGCUCAAAACAAACAACUCGAAUCAGAAAAGCAAGAACUCGAGUUCGAAAAGCAGGCUAUUGAAGAAAAACACAACACCUUCAUCUUAAAGCAACAAGAAAUGACGUUCAGCCACAUGCCAAGCUCGCGUUGGGCGCCGGUCGAGGAUAGCAAAGUUAUGGAAGACCUUGAUAGGCUGAAGAGAGACAUGAGAAGCUGGGCGAAGAAAGUAUCAGCAAAUGAUAUGGACGCUGUUCUGAAAUCACUUGAUAAUCGUCAGCUUGCAGCUCUGCGAAAUGCGUUGGAAAAUGUGGUUGUCUUUGAGCAUGGUGAACUUCCUCAAGGAUUGUCUUCAAGAAAGCUUACAGCUCUACUUCUAAGCGCACUUCUUGCCCAUGAUAUUUACACAACCAUCGUUCGGGAUCCUUUUUUCUUUCUUGGGACCGUGGAUUUAGGAGGGAGAUUUGAGAAAACAUUGUUCCGUCAAGGGUUAGAAGAAACCUGUAAGCGGGGCCUCGCCUGUAAGUGAAGAGAACAGUGACUGCUGACUAAAACUAGACUGAUUCCUUUAAUAGCAGAUGAAGAGGAUACCCAUGUCUGGCGAUCCCAUACUUUGAGACUCUUUUUGCCUCCGGUAGAAACCGGGACUUCGGAAGGGGGAAAGGAAUUGCAUGCCGAGACUGAAUACAUGAUUGGAAAUGCGGCAUAUAAACAAGCUUGGAUCUUUCUACACAGUGCAGCAAAAUAUCUCAUCGACGACGAUCAACUCCGAGACAAGAUUUUCCCUAUCUACCGAGAGGCAGCAAUGGUGUCGUACAAUUUGUGGACAAGAAGAACAAAACUGGUGUGUUAUACUUUACACGAUGACACGGGAAGUCGCCCACUGUUUCAUCCCAAUAGCAAAGAUAUGAUUGCCCAUUCUUCGGUAGACUAUGAGAGCCACGCGGACCAGCUCGAAGGAAGAGCUAUUAGUAUAAUCCUGCAUCCGUGCUUGAAGGUCUACGGGACUGAUGAUGGGAAGGACUACCACCAGGGGCGUGUAUGGGCACCGGCGGAAGUGUGGCUCGAUAGCAGAAAACCAUCUGCGGAAUAGCUUCGUUAAAAGGGCUGGAAUUACAGUUGCGAAGCUUCCUAGUUGCUGGUGAAUUCGGCUCUGGGCUCUGGGCUGAUGAUGAAUGAGGGGCAUGGUGGACGCCGGUGAGAAAAUAAGUAAACCGUUGCUAGACGUGAGAUUCUAGCGGAUUUUUACAGAAAAUCGUUGAUAUUAGAAUUUCGAUGAUUAACACUAGCUGAUGAAUUCAAAAAUAUUGCUAGAGCCCUGUAUGUUGAAUGAUGUGUAUG